AGUUAUGGCGGACAAGUUUGGACGUAAUGUUUUGGAUGGUAACAGAUUCGAGAUGUGAAUUUAGAUUGACGGGAUAUGUUUAAAAUGUUGUCGAUACCCUGGGGAUGUUUCAAAAUACAUGAGAAAUGGUGAAAAAGAAGGCAAAAUCCUCGAAGUCAGCCAAAAGACGGGGAUCAUGGCAAAUGGAGGAUGUUCAAGUGCACACAGGCCUUCCCCCUCAGGUAGAUGGCCAGUUACGUUGUUUCUGUCGACUGACCAUUGAUCAAAUACACUGGCAUUCCCCUCAUCCCCCAGAUGUGUCUCAUAUCCGCGUAAAAUGGUGGGGUGAGGAUGGAGAUGGAGCUUUAUUCAGGCCACUGAAUGUUAAAAAGGGGGAUAAAGGUCCAGCCAAGACAACAGCAAGAUACCCAGUGAGGUCAGGUCCACGACAAUUUGCAUCCUACUUGAUUGAUAUGGGCAGUCUGGCAGUAGAGAUUCUCAGUGGACCCAACAUGAUCCCCGUGGGACAUGCAGAAAUCACACAGAUAGGACUUCUUUCUAACACCAGGCCUAUUGAUGGGUUGUACCCAGUGCUUUCUCCCAGAGAAGAACAGCUUGCUGAUAUCCAUGUUUCACUGAUUUUGGAGUCCUUAAUGGCCUCAUAUGACAGCACUGGGUCCAUUCCAACGACAGACAUCAGUAUGGAAACCCAAGCCACACAGGAGUCUAUGUAUCCCCAGAGAGUUCAACCAAUUCCUCAUGCCCAGGCCCCUCAGAAGCCUAUGGAGGAUCCUUUCAUCUCACCAGCAUCCCAUCAAAAUGGCCAACAGAAUGGAUAUGCUGACCGAGCCGAGGAUCUACGUAAACAGUUAAACUACAGUCUACAAGAAACAGAGGAGAGGCAACUGUCUGGCAUACAGUCAGGCAGCACAGUGGCCAUCACUACUAAUGGGGAUGUGGUCACAACUAACCUCGGCCAGGACCUACCAUCCACACAGAAUAUUCCUGCUGGCAGACAUUCCCAGUCCGACCUCCUGUCUGUACUGCUGGAUCGUGGGAACAAGUUGCGGGACCAAAUGAUUAUCUCUGCUGUGGAUGAGAGUGGGCCCCAGACCAGUGUGAAACAGGCAUACUUACCUCAUGGAGAUGAAGAGCUACGCACCAGCAACUCUGACAUGCCAGAAAGACGCAGCUCAGUGGGCAGUUUACUAAAAGAAAUUCUUAAGGCAGAAAGAGGAGCAGCUGAUCUCUCCCAGACUGAUUAUGAUCCUGUUGACAUUGUGUUUGGAAACCAGCUGAUGGACAACAUGCAGAUUCUUCAAAUGAUGGGAGGAAGUCCUAGAUCAAGUGUAUCACAGGACCUAGACCUGAUGAGUGACCCAGGAGAUCCUGUUCACAGUGAGUCCAUCCUUCAGGAACUGUUCUACAAAAAUCUGGAGAGUGAUGUGAGUGGAGUCAGUGAACUCAGUGGAGAUGAGAACCCAUUCCCAUUCAAGCAACAAAAUGGUGAACUUCAUACUUCAAUGGAGGAUCCAGCUAAUGCUAGGCCACCUUCCAGACGAUCAUCAGUUACUAGCCUUACUUUGGAGUUCCCCGAGCCUCUCCCAUUUGAGGAGGUAGAUGUUAAAAAGAAGAAAAAGAAGAAGCAGGAAGAAGCAUCAUUAAAAGUGCCAAAGCGGAGGUCUCGUGUGAAAACAAAAGUGAAGGGAGGAAAAAAGCGAAGGCGGUCACGCAGUAGUGCUCGUAGCAGUGCUAGUGAAGCUAGUGACAGCGAUUUGAUGACUGCACGCUCAGAGGUGUCGCAGGUUUCCUUUGAUAUGCCUGCCUCAGAUCUUGAUGAACCAGAGGAAGAAAAACCUGUGAAACGACAGCGAAGUGAUGGCCUCAGUGUUGAGAGAUUAACACUGUUGGGGAGGGUCCAUGUUGCCAGAGUUAUAGUGGAUGCUUUGCACCUCGCGGGGUCCCAGGACCUCAAUUCCUCCAAGAGAAAGGGUAAAGCUGGAGGGAAGCCACCCAAACCGUCCCCUAAAGCAAAGAAGUCUGUAACAUACUUCAUUGAGUACCAGUUUCCUGUUGUGGCCACUUCCAGGGAUAAGUACUCACCUAAUGCCAUGGCAACUGAAGUGAUGCGGGUGGCUUCCAAAAAUGUUAAGGAUGGAGUGGUCAACUUCAACCAUCGAUCUGUGUUUCCCAUCAUGUUUGAUGGUAGUGCUGUGGAGAAAUGGUGGAAGUCUGCCCUCAUAUUUAAGCUAUACUCUCGUACUGCAGGACAGAAAGUGCCAACAUUAGUGGGCAGCUGUGGGGUCCCCCUGAAAAGCAUUCUCCGGUCAGACAAUCUACAAGUGGGCAGAGAUCUAGAGAUCAGGGAGAGUGGACGUAACUCCUCCAUCAAUUCUUCCCUUCGGGGGAGUCUUGAUACCUUCUACGGCUCGCUCAAGGUAUCAAUAGAGUUGGCGUCUGACAGUAAGGAUUUCUCAUCUGCCCUAGCCAGAGCCAAACUAGCAGAGAUGAGUGGAAAGGCCAAGUUUGUGCCAAUUCCUCAGACAGUGCCACCUCCCCCUCCCCCGCCUGUACAGUUAGAUAAACCGCCACUCCCCCCAGAUUUUUUACCUAGUGCUCAAAAUACUCAGCCUUCAUCAAUGGUGCUACCAAACCCUACCUCACAUACAAAUACAGACACACAGACUGCCAGUUUGGGUCAUCAGUUACCUACCCCUGGUUUUUCUCAGCCUCCUAGCUUUGAGACCUACCACAUGCCCUCACAGUCCAAUGCAGAGGCAAUCACUCUGCACACAUUGCUGCUGAUACCAGAGGGUCACAACAUCUCUAUACAGGGUAUCCCAUCCCUGUCCUCCAUCAAACGACACCCCGUCCUUCCACCUCAACCUCACUCCCUAGUUACUGCAGGAAUGGCGGCUCGGGAUAUGAACACCAGAAAUACAUACCUUGUGUGUCGGAUGUUCUGGUGCAAUGAUGCAGUUCACUCCAAUGUCUGUUGGGGAACAUUUGAGCCCCAAUUCAACUUUGCACAGAUCGCCCCAGUGCUGCUCUCUGGGUCCUUGUUGGAGAGAAUGAGAAACAACUUCAUGGUGGUGGAGGUCUGGGACAAGAAAACUACUGCUGAAAAUGACAAGUUAAUUGGAAUCGUCAAGUUGAGUCUACAUCAGUUCUAUAUGUCAUUCAGGGACAGCAAGAUAUCCAACGCCUUACUGAAAUCACAGUAUCCUGUGAUAUCAGUAGACAAUUAUCUGCCUAUUGUGGACCCUCUGAGUGGGGCACAGUUUGGUCAGAUUAAAGUCCUAUUGGCCAUGGGCUCUGGGGAACAGGUGACAGCACUACAGCGGCUCAAACUGGACGGACCAAUGGCACAGCCACCAGAGCGGCCACAACACUUUUUAGAAAGAGUGGAUAUGGUUAGACCAGGCAGCCAGGCUCCAAUGUACAGCCAGGCCAGGGCAGAUAACUCUGUGGAACACAUAUUUGAGGUGGUAAUAGAAGGUAUCCGAGGCCUGGCGUUGUUUGACAACAUGAUCUGGGGCGAGGCCGAUUGUUUUAUACAAUACCAUUUCCCAGUACAGCAACACUCUGACCAUCCUGGUUCAUCCCCCACCAAAAAUGGUCUACCCAGUAUGAAAUCAUUCCGGACAGCUACAACUCUUUGCAUUCCCGAUCCUACCUUUAAUGAUAUUACACGUCACAGAAUAGUGCUCGCUCAGGCAACUCCUGUACAGAGGGAAUUACUCACAGCCUGUGCGGGAGCAGGAGGAGGCAGUGGAGGUUUGCCGUUUGAGGUUUGGUGCCGCUACUACCACCCAAACAUCAGGGACCAGUGUAUAGCCAAGGCUAGUUUACCACUGGCAAAGCUGUGUGCCAUGGUCACUAUGCAGAAGAGAGGCGAGCCAUCAGUACAGUCAUUUGGUCUGCCCCUAAAACAGGUGGCAGUAGAUACAGAAUUGUCGCAGACAGGUGCACAAUCUCAGUUGACAGAAUCUGGCCUUAUGGAUGUUACGAUACACUACAGAACACAGACUCUACAGAGUGAGCAGAACCAAGCAGCCAAUAAGAAUCUGUCAGGCGCCCAGAUUUGUAUAUCGGUUGGUGUUAUCAGGGCUUCAGGACUCAAGGCUGCUGCCGAGGCAAUUGCCCGGAUUGACUCUGGGAUGCAGUACCCUGCAGAAGUAGGGGUCAACACUUACGUAAAGAUUAGAUUGUCAUUUCUGUCAAAGGAGGAUGAGAGGAUCACGAGGACCGUUGCCAGGACAUUUGCACCCGAGUUUUCCCACCACAUGGACUUCCCUUGUCCUUUGUUGUGGACAGAAGCGGACAAUGAUGCCCUGGCUCUGGCCGAGAUCCUAGAGACUGCUGAGGUCACACUGGAGCUGUGGCACCAGGUCCCAGGACUGUCUUCAGACCUGGACAGGCAGAUUGCUCAACAGACCACAACAGAGGUUCAAGGUCGGCGACUAGUGGAGAAAACACAGGACGUCCUUUUGGGAACUACCUCGCUGUCACUCGCUGCCCUCCUCACCAAUCGUACAGGUAUCAGUGGGUGGUUUGCUGUGAACCUCCCACAGAUCGGCUGGCAACAAAAUGCCAGUCAGAUGGAGGAUGAGGAGGAUAGGGCUGUACCUUGUAACCAGGGCCUGGAAAGAGUGGUCGGUGGAGUCGAGCUGUCAAUCAAGUUUGCCCACCACAAUGACCGUGACCGUGUGAUCCAUGCUGCUAGAGGUGUAGGCUGGUCACCAAUUGACUUGGAUGUAGAGGAUGAGGAGGACUGGCAAAGUGAUGAUGAGGGAUGCGGUCAGUACCAUCAGAUCACGGUUUGUAUGGAUCAAGUCAGCUUCCCUCUACAGAACGCCUUGAUAGCUGGACAAACCAAUCUUGACAAAACUGCUCGAUGCUACAUCCGUUACAAAAUCUACGAUAAAAGUGCAGUGGUAUCUAAGAGUGUCAAGUGUCGAAUAUUGGAUACAGGCUACAUCCUAUCUCACUGUGACCACAAACAUGAAUUCCACAUACCAAUCAGCUCUCCAUUCAAGUGGUAUCUGCGGGAGGAGAAGUUGGAGGUACAGGUGUGGGUGAGCUAUGGUAAGAAGGAUAGUAAUCAGAAGUCACAUCACAGGGAUAAGUUGAUCGGCACUACCUAUAUAGGACUAGACGCUCUCAACGACGAGCGCCGCAGACAGCACCGGAUCAGCGGAAUGUUCCCGCUGUACAAACCUGGUGCUGCUAGUCUAGGGGGAGCCUUCCUGAGGGCACAUGUAACCGCCAGACCACAAUUUGGAAGUGUCACUAAGCAGUCUGAUGAUGAGGCAGAUGAGAAAUUGCCAGAGAGUGAUGUAGAUGAGGAGUAUGACCCCAAUGACAGUUUUCAUCAGCUCAUGGUGAAGAAGAAAUCCAAGUCGAGUACAGAUGUAGCACACCUGGAGCGUGUCGAGGAGGAUUCUGUUGUUCCACACUUCCCUGUAAUUGUCUCUGUUGAACGUGCCAUGCAUUUACCACUGAUCAACGACAAAAAUAGAUCUGAGGAUUACCUCCCUAAUACCUAUGUGUCCUACCAGACAUCUGAGAGUGCUAGUCCUGCAUAUACACAGGUGUUCUAUAACUCGGACAACCCUGUCUGGGACGACCAAAAGGAGACACAACUCAGCACCGAGCUUCUCUACCAGGAAAAUAAGAAUCUGGUGUUCAAAGUUUGGCAUAAACCCCAGAGUGCUUCCAAGGAUCCCGACAAGUCGUCUGACCGAGUGCUAGGGUUUGUGUCUGUGGACCUGACCCCGUUAACCUCUGGACUUCUACAGAUCUGUGGCUGGUACAAUGUCAUGGACUUCCACGGACAGUGUCGUGGUCAAAUCAAGGUGAAUAUUGUCCCACAGGAUGAUGUGACACGGUAUAUACAGGGCAUGCCUAGCCAGCCUGUGUCAAUGUCCUUCUACAACCAGCCUUCCAGCCUCCCCUUCACUGUCAACUCCUCUAUCCACAACGCCAUUCCCCCCGAACAACCAAUGUCUCUCCCCACAGAUCUGCGCCCAUUCUCCUCCAAUCUGCCCAACUUUGACCAGGUACGAGAACACCAGGAACAGUUACAGCACCAGCUGAGUGAGAAUAUCCGUCAGUUUCUACGUAACCAUGAGACAUCCUCACAGGACUCGCCAGAGGAAUCUCCACGUCCUGAGGUAUCGCCUCACUGGCAGCCUCCAAGUCUGAAUGAUAUCAGAGUGGAUGACAGUGCAGCUUGUUCUCGCUCCAUCAUGUUCUCGUCCCUCAGGAAACAAAUGCAAGAUUUGGAUGAUGUUACAUCUAAGUUAAAACAGAAGCUAGCCUCGCCAUCCUCUAUUAAAAGUUCCUCUUUACCUCAGAAUCGGUCAGAAUUACGCAGUACUGAGCACAAUGUUCCCAUCCAGUCCAUCAUCUCUCCUCUGUCUACUCUGCAGCUGACUUCAACACUAAAAGCAAAUGAGAGCGAGUUACUGUUGACCGGGUCCAAUGAGGCUGAGUCUUCAAGGACUGCUGUGGACUCGGGUGCUUUCUCUGUGACACAAUCUAGUGAGAAAUACCAGGAUGCUUUGGAUUCACAGCGGAGUAGUGAGAGAAUGGACACUCUGAGGAUGGGAAUUACCCCUCGUGACUUUGAUAAUACUGGGCAAGAUGGUUCGACCACACAGGAGGCACAGAAAAGCACGGGCUCUACGCCAAGAGACGCACACAAUUUUAGUGACACUGGUAUACACAUGGGCUACACUCCAAGAGAUGACACAUCAGUGUCAACUGGGGGAUUUAACAUCGUGAACACUCCCCGAGACCAGGUCAGGGUAGACACAGUGACAUCUGGUGGCCCGACCUUGUCACACGACAGUAAUAAUAAUGCUAGAGACAGGAAUGCGAGUGGAAGCAGUAGUGCUUCACUGGGGUUUUCAUAUCCGGGAGAAAUGAGCAACAGUGCUGGCAGUAGUUAUAGGAAUGGUGUAGGGGUUCCAGCCAGGAUCACAAGUACUGUAACUCAGGAUAGCGAUAUGAAGGAAAUGAGUGUGAUUCAGGAAUUCACAGAAAAUGAGGAUGACACUGGCAGUAUUAAUGGAGAAGAGGACGAACAAUACUAUCAGGAAUAUCGGGACAUUUUAGAUGAACAGGAGAAUGAGGAUGAAUCAGGUAAUGAAGAAGAAAAUGUUGUUGUACCUAGGACAUUAAAUGAUGUGUCAGGAAAGUUUGGGGGCAUCCCAGGUCAUUCUGUGUACAUGGACAGCAAUGGACACGGGUCACCUCGUGAGUUUGUGAGAAAUGGACAGACAAUGCCAUUUGAUAUUAGAGCUAGCGAUUCGCGGGAACUGAGUCGGACUAAGUUUGAUCAGCAGGAGGCUGAUGAUAUAUUAGAUCUAUCAGACAGUGAAUAUGUGCCUGACCAACAACUGGCUCCUCAUUUACAACUAACAGAACGACCAUCUUUUAUAGAGAAAGACAGCUGGUUUUCUGAUGAGGAAAGGGAUCGGACAGACCAGCAUGGGUCCAGAUCUAAUGUUGUUGAAGGUACACAUGGUGGUAUGGAGCACCAAGGUCUGCUACAAGACGUGGAACUGGAAUCUGUGAACUCAGGUAGUCACUUUACGCAAAAUUCAGGAUCUAAACAAUCUUCUAAACAGUCUUCACGUGUAUCCUCAGCUGGAAGUGAUAGGCUGUCUGCCAAGAACUCCUCUGGACAUUCUCAAGGAUCGGGAUCCCAUUAUUACGAGGAUCAAGUUCCUUUUCCUGCUUCUGUGCCAAAAUCACCAAAAGAAGCAUUCUCAGAGGUAGUGACAGAGUUAGAGGAUUUCUUUUCCGAUCCAAUACAACCAAAUUCUAGAAUGGAAGGACAAAGGUCAAUGUCACCUUCUCAUGGAUCAAGUUCGCACUCGCGCUCCCCUAAAAUGCUAAGUGAUAGAAUAAACUUUGAAAGCUCUGAGAGCUAUGGUGAGUCAGAGAAUGCUGCUACAAAUUCAAAUGGUUAUAGCAGUCUUCAAAAUGGCGACAUACAUGAUUUACCAAAUGGAUUUCAGGAGCCUUCCUCCAUGCCAAAUUUUUUCCUUCCUUCCCAACAUUUGGCAGAAUCUAUGCAGGCCUUACAGCAAGCAACCUCAGGGUUUCCUUCCUCUAGUCACCAGUUCCCUGACCCUGAGAGACAGGCUGCUAAGGUACAAGCAGCUUCAAACCUCAUGGAAAAGCUGACCACAAAUAACCAUAAAGUGAAGUUCUCAUCUGUCCACACUAAAGGGAGACAACCUCCCACUGCAGCCGAGACGAAAAGGAUUGCUAAAAUAUUCUCAGAGAAAUUUUCAUCAAAAGAGUGAUCAAUCUGGGACUAUGUACAGUUGGUAGUCCAAUUUGUUGGUGUAUAAAGUUGUAUGAAUUUAGAAAAUGGUUUAAAAUCUCUUGCGGUGACACGAGUUUCUGAUUUUACAUGACAACGAAUUGAAUGCUGUGACACAUGUAUUAUUUAACACUAUGACAAGCUUGUCUGUGAUAUGCCCUCAAUGCAUACUCCCCAGUUACGAAUUCAUCAAUGAACACACAUCUGUAUUCAUCAUGUCAUUCAUUUCCUCAUCAAACUUCAUUCUCAUUGUAUGUUUCUCACAAGUCCUGUUAGCUGGCUACAUGUUUGUGUCAUCAAAACAAAAUCUAGGAAUUUGUUUGGUGUAAUAAUCCAAAGCUAAAAGUAGUUGUCACAACUGACAGCACAGUACUGAUAUACUCAAUAAUCAUAGCAAAGUUUUACGUUUAUUGUAAUUUUGUUGUUCCUUUACUGGUUUGAAACAGUAUUGUUAAAUUAACUAGGUUUGAGUGAUUCCUAGCAGACUAGUACAUUAUAUUAAUUAGCUUCCCAUUAUUCUGAAAUUUAUGGAGAAAACAAAUCUGAUCUGUCAGUUGUCAUCAUGAGAAACCACACCAAUCAGAAUAGCAACAGUUUAUUGUUCUUUGUCUGAUGCCUUAUGGCUAGCACAGAGUCUUUUUUUUUACCUUAAGAAAGAAAGGCAAUGUACAAAAUUAAUAUUUACUUGUGGUGUUACGAUCUUCUUCUGUUGAUAAUAUCAUUCUCUGUUUCUAAUGAUAUUUAUAUUUUUUCUCUGCUUUUAUUGGUAUUUAGAUCUUUCUCUGUUUCUUGUUAAUUUAUUUUUAAUAUUUUUCUCGGUAGCUAGUGAUAUUAAGAUCUUUCUCUGUUGCUAGUGAUAUUAAGAUCUUUCUCUGUUGCUAGUGACGUUUAGAUCUUUCUCUGUUGCUAGUGAUAUUAAGAUCUUUCUCUUGCUAGUGAUAUUAAGAUCUUUCUGUUUCUAGUGAUGUUAAGAUAUUUCUCUGUUGCUAGUGAUGUUAAGAUCUUUCUGUUGCUAGUGAUAUUAAGAUCUUUCUCUGUUGCUAGUGAUAUUAAGAUCUUUCUGUUUCUAGUGAUGUUAAGAUCUUUCUCUGUUGCUAGUGAUGUCAAGAUCUUUCUCUGUUGCUAGUGAUGUUAAGAUCUUUCUCUGUUGCUAGUGACGUUUAGAUCUUUCUCUGUUGCUAGUGAUAUUAAGAUCUUUCUCUUGCUAGUGAUAUUAAGAUCUUUCUGUUUCUAGUGAUGUUAAGAUAUUUCUCUGUUGCUAGUGAUGUUAAGAUCUUUCUGUUGCUAGUGAUAUUAAGAUCUUUCUCUGUUGCUAGUGAUAUUAAGAUCUUUCUGUUUCUAGUGAUGUUAAGAUCUUUCUCUGUUGCUAGUGAUGUCAAGAUCUUUCUCUGUUGCUAGUGAUGUUAUGAUCUUUCUCGGUUGCUAGUGAUGUCAAGAUAUUUCUCUGUUUCUAGUGACGUUAAGAUCUUUCUCUGUUUCUAGUGACGUUAAGAUAUUUUUCUGUUUCUAGUGAUGUCAAGAUAUUUUUCUGUUGCUAGUGAUGU